AUGCCAAAUUUCAAAAUGCUGGAUCUCUCUUAUGAGUACAAAAUUGUAUUUCUUGUUUCAGAAAUAAAUAUCAUUUUCUCUAUCUUAUUGAUCAUCUGCUCUAUUGGAGUCCCAUUAAAUGGAAUUGUUAUUUGGCUGCUUGGCUUCCAAAUGAAGAGAAACCCUUUCACAGUAUUGAUUCUUAAUUUAGCUAUUGCCGACUUUGGAUUUCUCAUACUUAUGACUGUAUAUUGCAUUGACGAUUUUAUACAUGUUCUACAGUCAAGAAUUCUCCAGAAAAUCUUCUUUUCUCUCUCCGAUGUCACAUAUAUCAACGGUCUAUUUCUUCUGACGGCCAUCAGCAUUGACCGGUGUGUGGCUGUCCUCUUCCCAAUCUGGCAUCGCUGUUCCCGGCCAAAAUAUUUGUCCCCUGCUGUCUGCGUCUUCCUCUGGAUCUUCUCUUCCCUCCUGAUGGGAAUUCAUUACAUUAUGCAAUAUUUGUUUUGGAAUCUCCAUUUGGUUGUGACUGCUGUGCUUUGCCUUCCUCUGAUCACAACCUCUACUGUGAUCCUAUUCAUCAAAAUAUGCCUUAAAUCCAAACAGAUGAAACGUGGAAGACAUUUAGUGAUGAUCCUAAUUACUCUUCUCUGUUUCCUUAUUCUUAAUCUUCCAAUAUACAUCUACGUGUUCAUUACUCAUUUUCUUAAGACGGAGAAUUUAUUUGAUGCUAAUGAACUGGAUUUCUACUUAAGUCCAAGUGCUUCUCUAAAUAGCAGCGUUAACCCAGUGAUUUAUUUUCUGGUGGGGAGAAAGAAAAGAGCUCAGUCCAGGGAGAGCAUCAAGGUCAUUUUUCAAAGAGUCUUCAGAGAAGACGAAGCUCCUGAAACCAGAUUAAAAUUUACAAACAAUUUCAUAACCCUCCGCAAAUGCGAAAUUUCAAAAUCCUGGAUCUCUCUUAUGAGUACAAAAUUGUAUUUCUUGUUUCAGAAAUAA